AUGACCCUCCAGGGCGAAAUUUUGGCUGCUGCACGCUACGCCCAUUUCUUCCAACUGGAGAUCAUGUCCGGCAGGAGCCUGGAGUCGAUAUUGGACGGCAAUCCUCGCUACCAGAAGGUCAAGGACUUGAGCCGGGGCGCGUUUGGGUUUGUGGUGCUGGCACUGGACAAGCAGACGGGCGAGCAUGUUGCGCUCAAGUUCAUUGAGCGGGGGCCGCAGAUAGUGAACCACAUGAAGCUGCGGCAUCCACACAUCAUUGGGCUACGAGAGGUGUUCUUGACUUCUUCACACCUGGUGCUGGCAAUGGAGUAUGCGGCGGGCGGCGACCUGUUCCGCUACGUGUCGGCGCGGCGGGGGCUGCCCGAAGACGAGGCGCGCUGGUUCUUUCAGCAGCUCAUGAUUGCAGUGGACUACUGCCACCGCAUGGGUGUCAGCAGCCGCGACAUCAAGCUAGAAAACACGCUGCUUGAUGGCAGCCCGCGGCCGUUAAUCAAGCUGGCAGAUUUUGGGUUUAGCAAGGACGCCAACCAGCACAGUGCACCCACCAGCCGAGUGGGCACGCCUGCUUAUUUGGCACCGGAGGUCAUCUCCAACCAACCGGGCCAAGUGUAUGAUGGGCAGAAAGCGGAUCUGUGGUCCUGUGGCGUGCUGCUGUUCAUCCUUGUGACGGAUCAGUACCCCUUCCGGCGGCCAGGCGACGAGCACUUGAAGCCCAACCAGAAGCUCAACGUGAUGCUGCAGCGUAUCCUGCGAGCAGACUUCACUUACCCGCGGAACAAGACGCUGAGUGACAGCGUGCGUGACCUAAUUGGUCGCAUCCUGGUGCAAGACCCAAACCAGCGACCCACCCUGCAGGUGAUCCAGUCGCACCCGUGGUUCAUGCAAGGGCUCAAUCCUGCGGCACUGCAGUUCAACGACGCCAUCGUGGCGGAGAGCCUGUCUAACCAGCCCUCCCAGGCGGUGCUCAACGAGGUGCGGUCGAUUGUGCACGAGGCGGGUAGGGCUGCGCCGGAGCAGGAGAGCAACCAGAUGCAGAUGGGCAAGAUGGUUGGCGGCGGAGAGCCUGUAUGCGACAGCUUAGAUGACCUUGUGCGCUGUGCGGCAGCACCGGAGCAGGACAGCUUCGACAUGCGCUGAAGCAUUGCCGCCCCCAUGGGGAUGCUGACACUGCCGCAUCAAUGCUUGCCAGUUUCUUGGGACCCGCGUUUUUGACGGCGCGCCAGCGUUGCCAUUCUCAUCAACCGUUUUCCAUGCACUUUACCAAUGCUUUGUGUUGGCAGCCGUGGCCUUGUUCUGGUUGGUUUAUUGCGUUGGUCCCGCGACCACAGCUUUACAAGUGGUGUAAAAUAAAGUGACGCGCUUAUC